AUGGCUAUUGUGGACAGUGACUUGAAGUUCGUUGCUGUAGACGUCGGUGCCUACGGACGACAGAGUGAUGGAGGUACCCUAAGUGCCUCUCGGUUCGGUAAAUGUCUCGAAAAUGGCCUCCUCGGCCUGCCACCACCAAAGCGGCUUCCAAACUCGACAGUAAUCGCACCAUAUGUGUUCUUGGGGGACGAAGCGUUCCACCUACGCCCCGACUUUUUGAGACCAUACCCGGGAAAGCACCAGGACGAUGACAAACGAAUAUUCAACUAUCGGCUCAGCCGUGCAAGGAGGUGCGCCGAAAACGCUUUUGGCGUGUUGGCAUCAAGGUUUCGGAUAUUCCGAAGAACCAUCAACCUGCUACCAGAACACGCAGACUACGUCGUCAUGGCAACUUGCGCACUACACAACUACUUGCGGGACGACUUUGUCUACAUUCCUCCUAGCUACGUUGACAAAGAGGAUGCCUAUGGCAACAUCACGAACGGCAACUGGCGAUCGACAUUGAAAGACGACGAAACAGUUAUGACGGACCUGGAGCCUCCGGUGGGGCACAAUUACAGCGGUUCCGCACGUGAAGCGAGGGACCUCUUCUGCUCCUACUUUAUGAGCAAGCAAGGGGCCGUACCUUGGCAGCGGACCUCUGCUGGGCUACGUCCUUAA